CGAGUGCAAAAUAAGCGUACCGAACUGCAGGGCAGACUGAAUCCAAACCGAGUAUUACUCGUCUAUGCAUUGCAUACUGAGCCCGCAUGUGAUUGGCUCGGCCACCGACGUUCUGACUUGGUGCCACAACGCCCACGUCGUCGCGGCAUUGACUCGGCAGCCUCUACCAACGACCAACAAGUGGAUGCCUGCGAAGUGAAUGUUCUCAAAGUCUCGAGGGACUUCCGCAGUCUCCUUCUUCCUCUAUGUCCUCGUGCUACUCUCGACCAUCUUCUUCGCGGCGGUCUCUUGCGCGUUGCUCCUGUCGCAGGCGGUGAGGACCGACCACCGGCGGACAUGGAACAAGAACUUCAAUGCCGUGGUGAUAGGUGCUGCAUAUGUCGCGGUGGCUCUGGUCUCCGUGGUAUACUGCUUGAAGCGUAGGAUAGCUGUUCACCGGCGAUUGCAGCGUAUCUCGAAGACCUACCGCACUCUAGGCCGUGCUGAACUUCCCGAACGUGUUCAUCGAUUUGUACAGCAAGAGUAUACCCGUGCUUGUCUUAUAACUUACGAGUCACAACCUAAGGAUGGGUUUCCGGAAGGUUGGGGAAAGCCAGGUACCAGAUACGCAGGUGUGCGAUUUCGGACCGCCCUUCUUGAUACCGUACGAGAGAUAGACGCGCUCGCACAUCUAAUUAUACCACGCCAUCCGGUAUUACGACCGCACGCACGCAUGCUGCACCACUUCCGGUUCAUUCUGCCCCUUCUACAACGAGACGAAGACGGCUUGACGCCAUUGCAUUACUACGACUCCGCAAUCCAGCUUGCGCGACAUGCGUCCAGAGAACCGACAGAAGCCGAAUGCAUCUUGGGAACGGACGCAGCGUCGGAGAUUAAGCGCAUUUUGGAAGAAUGCAGACAGGAGAUGCUUGAGGGCUCGAGUUCACACCUGAGCGAUGCAACGUCGGCGGAAAUCUGAUCUUGUUUGAUGUUUCCGUCAAAAUCACUGUCGUUGCAGUAUUUCUACAGGUCUCUUGUCAGGCGCCCUGGUCAAGAUUCAAAGAGUCUCCGACCGACAUGAUGGCAUACAAGUCCCAAUGCUGCC